AUGUUCGAUCGCCUGGGCCGCGCGAGAGUGUUCACCAAACUGGACCUCCGCGAUGCGUACCACCGGCUCAGGAUACGGUCAGAAGACGAGUGGAAAACUGCGUUUAAGACGCGCUACGGCCAUUUCGAAUACCUCGUCAUGCCGUUUGGCCUGGCCAACGCGCCGGCUACCUUUCAGAGCUACAUUCACCGCGCCAUGGGCGGGCUGCUGGACCACAUCUGCGUUGUGUACCUGGACGACAUUCUGAUCUACUCUGAAAAUGAGAAGGAUCACGUCCAGCAUGUCAACAGCGUCCUCCAGCGCCUCGGCGAAUGGGGCCUUUACGCCAAGCUUUCCAAGUGUGUUUUCCACACUAAGACGGUCGAGUUUCUAGGGUUUGUAGUGACACCUGAGGGCAUCGUCAUGGACCCCGAACGGGUGAAGGCAAUCCAGGAGUGGCCGACGCCUGAGUCGUACCGCGACGUUCAGGUCUUCCUGGGCUUCGCCAACUUCUACAGGCGCUUCAUCUGGAACUACUCAGAGAUUGCCCGACCCCUGAACGACCUACUCCGCAGCGCGGCGAGAGAUCCGGCGGUUAGUAAAAGCAAAGACAAAAGGAAACAGACGAGGAAAGGUCCCACCAAAUGGUAUAUGGCCUUUCAAUGGUCCGCUGACGUCGAGCAUGCGUUUCGCAAGCUCCGCGUAGCCUUCUCGCAGGCCCCCGUCCUGCGCCACUUCGAUCCGACCCGCCCGCUGAUGCUUGUUACCGACGCGUUGGAUUUCGCAAUUGGAGGAAUCCUCCUUCAGCCCUGGAGCACCGAAGGUACUCAACAACACUGGCUGCCUGUGGCGUACCACAGCCGCAAGCUCGUCGGCCCAGAGGUCAACUACCCAACGCACGACAAAGAGCUGCUGGCCAUUGUAGAAAGCUUCCGCACCUGGCGCCACUACCUCGCCUACGCUCCAGUGGCCACCAGAGUCCUCUCGGACCACAAGAAUCUCGAGUAUUUCAUGACUGCCAAGUCACUGUCCCCCAGGCAGGCUCGAUAUGCCGAGGACCUUGCACAGUACGACUUCGAGAUUGAGUAUAAGCCGGGCUCCGGCAACCCGGCUGACCCCCUCUUAAGACGACCGGACUUCGAACGCGGAUUCAAGCUGGACGCAAAACGAACCUACCUUGAGAGUAUGCUGCCUACGUUGCCGCAGAAGUUGCGAGUGAGGGAUCUGACAGGAGCUCUCUCGGGCGCUACUACGCCCCCUACGCGCGAAGCAUGCGAGACGCAUGCGAGCGACCCGCGCGCCGCCACCGCGCGCCGCCACCCUCUACUCCCAGAAGCGGAUGUCGGCGCCAUCCAGGCUACCAAACGCAACAACGCGACGCCGGACCCCGCAUGCGAGAAGCAUGCGUGGGCCCAGCGGAUCGCUGGCACAAGCUAUGCGCAAAGCUGCGUGCCACGCCGCGAGGCAGUAGUAGCUGCCACCGGCGAAACGGCCUUUGAGGACUCACCCCCCCAGAGUCUGGCGGACUUCAUAAGGGCGGUCCAGGAGCAGGACCCUCUUGUACGCUCCCUCGCCCGCCAAUCUCUGGAGGAACAGGCCUCGGCCGGAUACGCAUUCGACAGGGACGGUCUUCUGCGCCAACACCACAAGGUGUGGGUGCCAAACUGUGCACCACUGAAGGACGAGAUCAUGAAACGCAAUCAUGAUGACCUGGUGGGAGGUCAUUACGGGUACCGACGUACGCUAGAGGCCCUCGAGCGCAAAUACGUUUGGGAAAACCUAACCCAAGACCUUAAGACCUACCUGAAGGCGUGUGACGCGUGCCAGAGGCACAAGUCCCGCCGGCACAAACCAUACGGCACCCUCCAGCCUCUGGAGCCUGAGGUCGAGCCGUGGAAACACUUUUCCAUGGACUUCGUGACUGACCUGCCCGAGUCCACGACUCGCGAUGGUGUUGUGUUUGAUCCGGUGCUCGUCCUCGUGGACCGCUUCACCAAGCUGGUCCAGUACUUCCCAGUGCGCAAGUCUAUAGAUGCGGAGGGCCUAGCCCACCUGCUCUUCAAGACCUUUGCCAGAACGGGACCACCAUACUCGCUCGUCUCCGACAGGGGAUCAGUGUUCACUAGUGAAUACUGGAGCGAAGUGUGUUUUAUCCUGCGUGUUCGACUACGCUUCAGCACGGCGUUCCACCCGCAAACAGACGGGCAAACGGAGCGCCAAAACCAAGAGCUGGAGACGUACCUGCGUAUCUACGUAAACUUCGAACAGAACGACUGGGCGGAAUGGUUGGAUCAAGCGGCCUUCGCGUAUAACAGCAAGAUCCACUCCGUCACAGGGGUCACGCCGAUACAGCUGGCCUACGGCGCUGAACCGGCGAUUCCGGAUGGCAUCGCGGACCCCCGACAGGCGAUCGCAGGAGGGGACGAGGCACACGAGAAACUGCUGACGGAAGGGCGCGAACCAUCGGCCCUCCGGGAAGCAGCGGCCAAGCAUGCGGCCCGCAUGCGGCUCGCAUACACGCGAGCCACGGAAGCAAUCGCCUACGCGCAGGAGCUUUAG